AUUGUUGCAACUCAGUUACAGACCUAUACGUGAGAAAGAGAGAUUCAAACGAAAGUGUUCUUGGAAUUACAAAAAAAGAGGAGCUUGCAUCGAGGACUAUACAAUGAGCUCAAGAGAGGAUCGACAGCACGGGAUGAAAAGACCUGCGUCACCAAACAAACUGGGAUCCAGUAGCUGGGAGGCUGCAGAUUUAGGCGAUAAUGAACGGAAGCAGAAGUUUUUGAGGCUCAUGGGAGCAGGAAAGAAAGAGCACACUGGACGUAUUGUUAUAGGAGACCACAAGUCAACGUCUCAUUUCAGGACAGGGGAAGAGAAUAAGAGGAUGAAUAAUGAACUUGAGGUUUUGUAUCAGCAAGGCUUGGAUAGCAAAUUGUCUGGAAGAGAUAGGCGACAUUGUGGCUUGGGCUUCAGUGAGCCUGAACAGACACCGAGCAUGGCUGAGGCAGACCCAGAAAAACAGGAUAGUCCAAAGGACUCUAAAAAUAAACCAGAAUCAAAGCAAGAGACUUCUUCAAAACAACAAGAGCCCAGUCAACAACAGCAUCAAGCAGACUGUCCAGACAGCCAACACAAGGACAAGAAGAGCAGCUUUAAAACAGCCUUUGUGAAGUCUUUGUAACAGAUAACAGAAAUGCAUGCGUCUAUGUUUUUGUUAUACUACUUUAUACUGUAUAUAUGGUAUGUACAGCCAUUUAUUCUUAAUUUCCAUUGUUACAAAUUCAGUUUCAUUCAUAAGAUGCCCUGGUACCAAAAUGUUAAGUAUUUCAUUCAGUCACUUUAUAAGAGGGCGAGUCCUGUGCCUUAGCCUAUGCUGGAGUGGAUAUUAAAUGCUUUUUAACUGCUUUCCGAAACAAGCAAACAUUUUUGGAAAGGUUUAGUGCGCAUGAUGCUCAUUACAUUUUACAGAACCAAAUGGAAUUAGAGCAUGGCACUUUUUAACAUCAUCUUUGAAGUCCAGGGUUAAGAAUAACAGAUGUAUAUGAAUUACCAGGCAAAUUUCAAUAAAUGGAAAUACGUCAAGUGUCUGUGGAUGGUUUUCAAUGACUACCAUGUAUUGGUCUAAAUGCAAAAUAGAAUUUUCAGCUGAUGCUAUUUUUUGUUGUGACACGUUUCCAGAAUUGGCUAUACAGGGUAAAACAGCCUAUGGCGGCCUCAGAUACCACUGUAUCAACUUGUUAUAUUUUAACAGCUGUCUCCACAAAAAUAAACUUAUAAUUUUUUUUUUUUUUUUUAUGGAGGACAUCUUAAAAUCUCUGCUCAAACUGCUGCUGUUUUUCUGGUAGUUAAAGCCAGGUUGCCUUGUCAAAUUUCAAGUACUAUGCUAUAGCAAACAAGCUGUAGUUAAGCAUCAAAGUAUUGAUUUCUUUUCUUGUCAAUUUAAAGUAUUUAGUUUUCCAGAAAUUCCAAUUUUCAAGCCAGCUCUGGGCCAAAGAAAAAAAAAAAAUCUUUUUGAAACUCCUUUACGAUGUAAUCUUAUUCUGUAACCACUGAGGGUUAGAAAUGUAAUGUAAAUUGCAUUCCCCGGUAUAAAUUGCUGUUCAGCAUGAAGAGGCACUGGUUUGAAUGUUAAGAAUCCCCUCAGCCUUUCAGACAAAAUCCACAUUGAUUAUUUGUCCAAAUGCAAUAACUUGGAAGAACAGAAGUGGGCUUUUCAGCUCUUUCAGUAAAGGCAAGAGUGUGUGUGUGUUUUUGUUAUUGUCUAGCAGGUUUACAAAAAGCUGUGCAAUGCUAAAACUUGUGGGACACAGGAUCAUAGAAAGUCGUUUUAGAGUUUGUUAAAAGAAACAUACUGUAUCAUACUUUAUCAUUAAAUAUCAAGAAUGCACUACCCACGCUUGUUUACAAUUAGUUUACAUUGUGAAAAGCAGAAAGGUGAAUUUAACCCAAACAUUGUUUAAUUUUGGAUUGGGUAGGUUUUUAAUUAUAUUUUUUGUAUAUGUUUCUGUAAAGAGAUUUUUUUUCUAUUAAUAAAUUGUGUUGAAGCUCUGGAACUUAAACCUCCUCCCCAUGCAUAGAACUGAUCACUUUGGAGUGAAAUUAAUUUUGAUUCUGCCCUGACUUGUUUAAUGACAAACCCUAGAACAACAGUGCCCUUUGCUUACCACAGGAUGCUGUUGCCUUCUUUGUGUUUUCCACAGAUAACCUGUCCACAAAAAUCUGAUCCAGUUCACACUACUACAGUGGUGGUCAUCUAAGAUACAAACAGAAGGGACGUACCAGAAAUUAGAGAACUUUCUUCAGGUAAUACCUCAUGUGAUGGGUAUUAUUGCAUUUAUAUACCUAUUUUGAAAUGUAUUAUUUUCUUUCUUGCAAUUUGUAGGGGAUAUGCAUUUACAUUCUAGUGAUUUCAGGUUGCAGGAUUUCAUCUCCCCAUUAGGCACAAAUCAUAUUUGUUGCCAGCUACUUAUGCCCACAUUUGACACUUUAAAUAUAAUUUAAUAUAAUUGGGCAUUUGCAAUGACCUUGAAUGGUUGUACUUAGUUAUGAACUAGCAACUGUUACAGUACUAACUAGGGGGUAUCCUGUAUCCUGCAGACCUCCCAACUUGUAUGAGUCCAAAGCUUGUGUAAAACUGGUGGAAGCAUUUUUUGAUUUGCAAUACAUUGCCACAUUAAAGUGUUUGCUUAUUUGUUA